AUGGCCAACUACGUGCGCCGCAACGACAAGCAGUGCAAGCUCGCCGGCGAGGACACCUGCCACAAGCAGACGCACUACACCGACGUGGCGCUGCAGCGCAGCCGCUACCUGCUGGGCUUCAGCGGCACGCGGCCCGACGACGUGGUCGGCUCGCUGCGCCAGGCCAUCCUCGUGCUGCAGGGCAAGCCGGCGCCAGGCCAGCCGCAGUUCAAGAGCCAACGCGAGGCGCUGCUCGUGCUGGUGCACCUGGUGGGCGACAUCCACCAACCGCUGCACGUCGGCGCCGUCUACCUCGACGCGCAAGGCCAGCGCGUCGACCCCGAGAAGAAAGGCUUCGACCCGGCGACGCAAACCGUCGGCGGCAACAGCCUCUUCGUCGUCGCGGCCACGCCCGCAACGCCUGCCGCACCGGCGAAGGCCGCGGCCCACGACACGCACGAAGGCCCGGACGCGCCGGUCGGCGCCGGCUUCGGCCCCAUCAAGUUCCAUUCGAUCUGGGACGGCGUGCCCGACAAGUUCAACCCCAACCGCGUCAACGCCGCCUGGCUGGCCGAGGCGCGCAAGAUCCGCAACAACCAGGGCGACCCGCUCGACUGGCCGGCCCGCUGGGCCACGCAGUCGCUGGAGCAGGCCGGCGUCGUCUUCGACGGGCUGAAGUUCUCGCCCAAGCAGGGCUCGCACUGGACCGUCAGCCUGCCCAGCGGCUACAGCGCCAAGUCGGAUGCGAUCAAGCGGCAGCAGCUGACGCUGGCCGGUGCGCGGCUGGCGUUCGUGCUGAAGGCGGUGUUUCCGAACUAG